CAUUGGCAUUCCAAAUGGUGGUUACGAUUUCGGACGACGACGAUGAUGGCGACGUUCGUCUCCGUAUCGUCUCCUCGGUUCUCUUUUCGCUGCACUCCUCGUUCCUCUCCUACUCCCUCUCUUAUACCGAACCGAUUCUGGGUUUUGAGUCGACGGUUCCCAGUUUUUCCGGUCAAGUGUUUGUCGUCUGAGCAGGAAGAAAAUGGAGAUUCGACGCCUGGCGCUGCGCCGUCUCUGUCUUCGUCUUCGUCUUCGUCUUCAUCGUCUCCUACAACUGAAGGCUUAUCUGACAGCGUUACGACAUACAAAUGGUGCACCGUACUUGGCGGUGUUGGGUUGAUAGAAACUGCGUAUUUGAGCUACCUCAAGGUGACUGGCUCCGAUGCGUUUUGUCCCGUUGGUGGCGGCACUUGCGGCGAUGUCUUGGACAGCGAUUACGCCUCCGUUUUCGGUGUUCCUCUCCCUGCGAUUGGAAUGGUUAUGUAUGGUUUAGUUACGGCUUUAGGGGCACAGCUAGGGGGAAAGCAGCUGCCUUUUGGGAUCAGUCAUAACAACGGGCGUUUUGUAUUACUUGGAGCGGCAACUGCCAUGGCAUCUGCUAGUGCAUAUUUCCUGUAUAUCCUUUCCACGAAACUCUCGGGAGCCUCGUGCUUGUACUGUCUGCUCUCUUCUGCUCUAUCGUUUAGUUUAUUUUUCCUCUCUUUAAAGGAUGUGAAGCUGAAGGACAUACAGCAAGUUGUUGGGUUACAGGUAUGUUUGGCAAUCAUAGUGGUAGCCUCCUUGUCUGCUUCAUACAGUACUGCUCAACCAAUCCCAACCAGCUCGGACAACAUUGAACUGCCCUAUUUUUCGACCGAGAUAACUGCACCAUCGAGUCCCUUUGCUCUUGCCCUAGCAAAACACCUAAACUCUAUCGGAGCUAAGAUGUAUGGGGCAUUCUGGUGUUCUCACUGUUUAGAACAAAAGCAGAUGUUCGGGCGGGAAGCAGCAAAGCUACUGAACUAUGUGGAAUGUUUCCCCGACGGAUAUAAGAAAGGAACGAAAAUAAUCACGGCGUGUUCUGAUGCUGGGAUCGAGGGAUUCCCGACGUGGCUGAUAAAUGGGCAGGUUAUAAGCGGGGAAGUAGAACUCACUGAGCUGGCUGAUAUAUCUGGAUUCAGCUUAGACCAAGCACUGGAAUCCAAUCAACAAUAGAAAAUUCGUGUCGAUCCGAAAAGAGUGAAAGGAAAAAAAAAGGGGGUAUUGCAAAUUUACUGAAGGGAAAGCUCCUGAUCCUGAUGAGCAUUACAUGCAAGUAAGUCGCAUUUGUUCUUCAUCCUUGGAUACAUAGGGCCUUAGAACAAAGCCCUUCAUUAUUAUUCCAGCUUUGAGAUAAGCAUUCAUGAUGAUGAUUCCAUCAUCUUCUUCAUUCUGACGCGCAUAGGAUUAAAAACCAUCUAAGAAUGGUGUAAUAGAUGAUAUAUCUAUGUGAAAGAUGGUCGACCUGUGGUCUCUACAAGUCUGUCAUGUGUAGUUUGGUGCUUUUUUUUGUAAUUUUUUGUUUUACCAAUUUCAUCUUCCUUUGGUUUGGAGGUGUGAAUGUAUCUAUCUGUACAUGCAUAUGCAAGUGUAUAUGUACAUACGAGGAAUGAGAACAUCAUGCCCGCGGCUGUGAAUACCCUUGAUGGGACCAUCAUUAAUCAUGCGUCAUCAA